UUUUCAUUUAAUUCUGUUUUUUAUGUUUAUCAAGUAAUUAAAAAAGGGAAACUUACAAAAUAAAAACAAAAACAAAAAAAAACUGGUGAUUAAAAACAACUGAGAUUUUGAGGUUCAUGCCAGAUCCACCACAUUUACGAAAGAUAUUGAUAUUGGUACCGAUAUCGGCAAUACUGACCGGUAUCGGAUCGAUGCCCAAAUGCUCAUUAUCGCUCAACCUAAGCAUGUGAUCAUAUGAAGAAAUCUGAUCCAUUUCGAGUUUAUUAUCACUUUAUACGCUUAUGUUAAAUAUAAAAAGCGGCGUGUAAAUCACACACCGAGGGGGUCUAGGGACAACUGUAAGAUUAAAUUCACCAAAAUUAUGAUCGAAUUAUUAUGUUGUUGGUCACAGUCUUAUUCCAUAUAAGGACUUUAAAGUCAUUCUGUGAUUCGACUCCUUCACAGGGUGAAUCGAGCUGCGGUUUGCGUUUCCAUGCGGGACUUUGUUUGGGUUCUUCACGCGUGUUUCUGCGGAGGUUCGGGAGCGGAAGGCUGAGGGCUGCGGGAGGAGGAAGGGGAGGAAGGGGAGGAAGAGGAGGAGAGCUCCCGCCGCUGCAGCUGCUUCUGUCCGCUUGAACCAAACUUUCUUCCGACUCUCUUCAGGGGUCUGGACGGCGGCAUGGCAGCCAGGACCGGACCCACCCGGACGCGUCUGUGAGAAGGAGGAUGGAGGCUGAGAAGGAGUCAGCUGAGGAGGAGGGGGAGGAGGAGGAGCUUAAUGAGGCUGCAGUGGACUAUCAAGACCUUCCCAUCAUGCACUGGGAAGACCUAGGCCAGCGGAUUGCUGAGCUGGAGAAAUUGGAGCAGGAGAGGGCAAAGAAACGGGGUGGAGUUGGGGAGAGUCUCGGGGAGGGGGGCGCCUGGGACGAGGAGGAGGACCUCCGGAGGUGUCGGCUCUCCAUGGUCUCAUCACGGUUUCUCCACCACAGAAACCUGCAGCUGUGCUUCACCAACAACAGCGACAGCGACAAUGAAGAGGAGGAGCUGGAGAAAAAGGGUCCCACCAGUGCGGGACACCACGGUUGCCAUGGCGCCGGGUUGAAACAGGAAGUGGCUUCAGCUUUGAAGGCGCUGAGAGACAAACUGCUGGCAGAGCAGAAGGAGGAGUGUGCAGACGGCAGCAGCUGCGUGUCUGGGCGUGAACAUCUGGAGUGUUCAGAUCUUCAGGAGCGAUCGCUGCAGCAGCUGUGCAGCCUGAGAGCAGCUCUGCAGCAGGAAGUUCACGCUCUGAGCUCUGAACUGGUGGCCCAGCUGUUGGUGCGAGACCAGCUGCGGACGAGGCAGGACGCUCUGCUGCUGGACGUCCAGGACAUGACCUAGCACCACCAUGGAGUUCCCAGCAGUGUUUCUCUGACGCCCCUGAGAGUGUGGAGGCGGUCCAGGACAGAGUGUAACGGUUGGCCCCAUCAGCCCAUGAGACAUGUUCUUCAAUAUCAAAACUACCAGCAAGUUUACUACACCUUAAGAAUUUGUCUGAUGGUCCUCCUGGUCCUCUGGUUUGGACCAAACAGGACAACUCUGGUCCUCUCUGAUCAUCUGCAGAUGGACUCUGGCGCGGUUCAUUUCAGUGUGAACGCAGACAGACUGUCCAUGGACCAAAGAAGAGUUGAGUCAAAGGGAGAAAAUGACACAAGUUCUGUGUGUUUGGGGAAGAAGAACCGGGCAAAGCGGGAUUCUGAGGAACAGGAAUCAUGAAGUAUGAAAAUGUCUGCAGGGUGACUGUGGUUUGGUGAGGAGCAGCAGACACUUAUUCAUUAUCCUGAGUCAGAGGAGCAGCAGCCCAAGUUAGCCGCCUUUCUUCCUCUUUGGAUAACAGUGCCAGAAAUGAGCUUCAGUCCCAACUCCUGAGAGUGUUUUGUGUGAGAGCAAACUGAACCCAAUCAUUCCUGGAGCCUCCACAGGUCUGUCCCAGAAAAGAGAAAAGUUGAAAGAUGCAGAUCAGCUGAUCUUAUCUGGCUUUAAUGAGAAGAAAUGUCAGUAGAAGGUUGGUCUCUGCUGAUUCCCUAAACUCUGACGAACACAGUUCGGUCUGAACCACUAGUUCUGAAGACGAUCGUCUGGUCAACUCAUAGAAAUUCUCCAUCCUACAUUUUUACUAUGCAGGCAGUAUUUAUGAACCUGAUCCCCGUUAGACCGCAGCAGAGUUUACUGUUGGAAGUUAGCAGAGUUGAUUUUGUUUUCUGGACAGUCUGAGCUGCUUUGAAGAAACUCCUCUGGAAACUCCUAUAAGUCUUACGCCUGGUUCACACUGGACGCAGAAGAGGCGCAGAACGGAGGCCACUUCCAUUCGGCACCCUUGUUAACCUAUGGCAGGGGUCUGCAACCUUUCACACUAAAAGAGCCAUUUGGUCUAGUUUCUUACAGACCAGAACAGAACCCGAGAGACACAAAGUCUCAUUUUAUCGUUACAAAAUUCACAAUAAUUUAGCUUUUUUUUUCAAUUAAACAUUGAUUUAUGAAUGUAACUUAAAUAUUUCAAUAAUUGAAUUCCAAGAGUGUCUAUAUGUUUACAUACAUUAUAAAAUAGUUGUUACUUCUUUUACUUUUGACAGCAGCACACUAGUUCCUUUCAAAAUAAAACUCACUCUGUGUCAAAAAGGUCUCAUUGCUGCAGCAGCUUUACUUCAAUUAAAAAUGCAAGACACUCAGACAUGAUGUUUUUAUCAUCAGGAUUUUGGUGAGCCACCAUCUUUGUUUUGACUUUUAAUCUCAGAUAUAAACAACGUUUAAGUAGAAUAUAUUCAUUGAAAAAAAUAUGUAGAAUUCACUGAGCUGUUUAUUGUCCUGCUCUAAGAUGUGAGGAAUAAAACCCAGAACUCUAAAUCAUUUUCAGUCAUUUUAAACUGCAUUUGUUAAAAACUUUAACCAGUUUAGUGUCAUUUACCAAAAUAAAAUAACCUUUGGAGACUUGUUUGACUAACUAUAAAUUAAAAACAGAAAUUUAAAGAAGAUUUCUACAGAAUCUCUGACACCAAAUUAAAGGUAUUUACUUUGUUGUUUGGCAUGUUAAAAGUCUGAGCAGAAAUGACAAAACUUAAGGAACCGACUCAUUAUUUAUUCAAAUGUUAGCAUUUUUCAUUAAAGCUAAAGAGCCACCAUACCGGGAUAAGAGAGCCACAUGGGGCUCCGGAGCCCGGGUUGCAGACCCCUGCCCUAUGGUGUGGUUCACAGCAGGUGUGGAGCGCCGCGGUCCUCCGCGGACAGCUCGCACCGUGCAGCGGACCGUUCCGCCGUCUGGUCUGUUGUGAUCCUCGUCAGUUCUGGCAGGAAGUUACAUCAAGAUACAUGAGAAAAUCAGUUUAUUUUCAAAAUAUAACCAAUUUUCCACAAUAAAACACAAGGAUUGACGAAUGCAACCAUGCUUUUUAUCUAAACAGACUAUUGAGGUGACAAUAAACACAUAAUGAUAACA